AUGGCUGCGGAGCCCGACGUCGAAAAGGCGUCGCCCCCGAGCAACGGCCACGGCGGUGACACUGCCCACUCGGGUCGCUCAUCGAGUCGCGGCGGCUACUCAUCCGACGAUGGAAGCGCUAAAGGCAAGGACCGGAGAACGCCUCCCAACGAGAAACUCGACCUCUCCAAGGCCGACUCCAAGGUCGCCGCGCCGCCCCCCAAGGCCGACGACAUCGAGCAGCUGUACGCCCACUUGCCUGCGCACGAGGCCGAAGUCCUCAAAAGGCAGGUCUUCACGCCUGAGCUGGCCAAGGGCGUCGGUGUGCUCUAUCGGUAUGCCUCGCGCAACGAUCUCAUCAUCAUCGCCGUCUCCGUCGUCUGCGCCAUCGCUUCGGGCGCUGCGCUCCCUCUCAUGACCGUCAUCUUUGGCAACCUUCAGAACACGUUCCAAAAGUACUUCUACUCCGGCGGCUCCAUGUCCUACGACCAGUUUGUCGAUGAGAUGAGCAAGUUCGUCCUGUACUUCGUCUACCUUGCUAUUGGCGAGUUCGUCGUCACCUACAUCUGCACUGUCGGCUUCAUCUACACGGGCGAGCACAUCAGCGCCAAGAUUCGCGAGCACUACCUCGAGAGCUGCAUGCGCCAGAACAUUGGCUUCUUCGACAAGCUUGGCGCCGGCGAGGUCACGACUCGUAUCACCGCCGACACAAAUCUCAUCCAGGAUGGCAUCUCGGAAAAGGUGUCCCUGACUCUGGCCGCCCUGGCCACCUUUGUCACGGCCUUCAUCAUCGGCUUUGUCAGUUACUGGAAGCUCACCCUCAUUCUCUCCUCUACCGUCUUCGCUCUCAUGCUCAAUGUCGGCAUUGGCUCGAGGUACAUGCUCAAGAACAACAAGGCCUCGCUCGAGGCCUACGCUCAAGGUGGCAGCCUCGCCGACGAGGUCGUCAGCUCCAUCCGCAACGCCGUCGCCUUUGGUACUCAGGACCGCCUGGCCAAGCAGUACGACAAGCACCUUGCCAAGGCUGAGCACUACGGUUGGCGCCUCAAGGGCGCCAUGGCCGUCAUGGUCGCUGGUAUGAUGUUGAUUCUCUUCCUCAACUACGGCCUGGCCUUUUGGCAGGGCAGCAAGUUCCUUGUCGAUGGCAUCAUCCCGCUAUCCAAGGUUCUCAUCAUCAUGAUGUCUGUCAUGAUCGGCGCCUUCCAGCUCGGAAACGUCGCUCCCAACGCACAGGCGUUCACCACUGCCAUCGCUGCCGCCGCCAAGAUCUUCAAUACCAUUGACCGCCAGUCCCCGUUGGACCCCAGCGACGACCUGGGCGACAAGAUCGAGAAUCUUCAGGGAAACAUUCGCUUGUCCAAUAUCAAGCACAUCUAUCCCUCCCGCCCAGAGGUUGUUGUCAUGGACGGUGUGAGCCUCGAGAUCCCCGCCGGGAAGACAACUGCUCUUGUUGGCGCGUCUGGCUGUGGCAAGAGCACCAUUGUCGGGCUUGUCGAACGAUUCUACGACCCCGUCGGUGGUACCGUCUAUCUCGACGAUCACGACAUCAGCAAGCUGAACCUCAAGUGGCUUCGUCAGCAGAUGGCCCUGGUCAGCCAGGAGCCCACCUUGUUUGGCACAACCAUCUUCAACAACAUUCGACACGGCUUGAUUGGAACAAAGUAUGAAAAUGAGAAUGAGGAGAAGCAGCGUGAGCUCGUCAUCCAGGCCGCCAUCAAGGCUAAUGCGCACGAUUUCGUCUCCUCUCUCCCCGAAGGCUACGAGACCAAUGUCGGUGAACGCGGUUUCCUCUUAUCUGGUGGCCAGAAGCAGCGCAUCGCUAUUGCGCGUGCCGUUGUCUCCGACCCCAAGAUUUUGCUCCUCGACGAGGCAACCUCCGCUCUCGACACCAAGUCUGAAGGUGUCGUCCAAGCUGCUCUGGAGACUGCCGCUGCCGGUCGUACGACUAUCACCAUUGCUCAUCGCCUGUCGACCAUUAGGGAUGCACACAACAUUGUCGUCAUGUCGGCCGGCCGCAUCGUCGAGCAGGGCACGCAUGACCAGCUCUUGGAACUGAAGGGCGCCUAUUACAACCUUGUGUCUGCUCAGAACAUCGCCGCUGCUACUGACACGUUGACUUCUGAGGAAGAAGACCGGAUCAACCAGAAGGAAGAGGAGCUUGUCCGCAAGAUGUCCAAGGAAGGCGACUACGUCGCGGACCCGGAUGACAACAUCGCUGCCAAGCUCCGGCGCACAUCGACGCAAAAGUCUGCGUCGAGUGUUGCCUUGCAGAAGCGCAAGACCGAAGAGACACAGAAGCACGGACUGUGGACGCUGAUGAAGCUCAUCAUGUCGUUCAACCGCCCGGAGUGGAAGCUGAUGAUCAUUGGUCUCGUCUUUUCUGCCAUCUGUGGCGGCGGCAAUCCUACUUCAGCAGUCUUUUUCGCCAAGCAAAUCACCACCCUUGCCGUGCCCAUCACGCCCGCCAACAGCCACCAGGUUAAGAAGGACUCUGACUUCUGGAGCGCCAUGUUCCUCAUGCUCGCCUUCGUGCAGUUCAUCGCUUUCUCGUCCCAGGGCAUUGCCUUUGCGAAGUGCUCUGAACGUCUGGUUCACCGCGUCCGCGAUCGCGCCUUUAGGGCCAUGCUGCGGCAGGACGUUGCCUUCUUCGACCAGGACGAGAACACGGCUGGCGCGCUGACGUCUUUCCUUUCGACCGAGACGACUCAUGUCGCUGGUCUCUCUGGCGUGACCCUGGGCACCCUGCUCAUGAUGAUGACAACGCUCAUCGCGGCCAUGGUUGUAUCGCUCUCUAUUGGGUGGAAGCUCUCACUUGUUUGCAUUUCUACCAUCCCGAUUUUGUUGGGCUGCGGUUUCUUCCGAUUCUGGAUGCUGGCUCACUUCCAGCGCCGCUCCAAGGCCGCCUAUGCCUCGUCGGCGACGUUUGCCUCCGAGGCUAUUUCCGCCAUCCGCACCGUCGCCGCGCUUACACGCGAGCAGGACGUGCUGCGGAUGUAUCACAACUCCCUUGCCGAGCAGCAACGCCGCAGUCUCAUUUCGGUUCUCAAGUCCAGCGCUCUCUACGCUGCGUCGCAGUCCUUCAUCUUCCUGUGCUUCGCUUUGGGCUUCUGGUACGGAGGCACAUUGAUUGGAAAGGGCGAGUACGACUUGUUCCAGUUCUUCCUGUGCUUCAUGGCCAUCAUCUUUGGCGCACAAUCUGCCGGCACAAUCUUCUCCUUCGCCCCUGACAUGGGCAAGGCGCACCACGCUGCCCAGGAGCUGAAGACACUCUUCGAUCGCCAGCCGACGAUCGACUCGUGGUCGAACGAGGGUGACCGCCUCCCGAGCGUCGAGGGCCACGUGGAGUUCCGCGAUGUGCACUUCCGCUACCCUACGCGCCCCGAGCAGCCCGUGCUGCGUGGACUGAACCUGUCCAUCCGUCCCGGUCAGUACGUUGCCCUUGUCGGAGCGUCUGGCUGCGGCAAGAGCACAACGAUUGCCCUGCUGGAGCGUUUCUACGACCCGCUGGCUGGUGGCGUCUUCAUCGACGGCAAGGAAGUCAGCACGCUCAACAUCAACGACUACCGCUCUCACAUUGCCCUUGUCAGUCAGGAGCCGACGCUGUACCAGGGCAGCAUCCGGGAAAACAUCCUCCUCGGCACGCCGAAGGAGGACGUUUCGGAUGCAGAGAUUGAGUUUGUGUGCCGCGAAGCCAACAUCUACGACUUUAUCGUGUCGCUGCCCGAGGGCUUCAACACAGUCGUUGGCAGCAAGGGCGCCUUGCUCUCUGGCGGUCAAAAGCAGCGCAUUGCUAUUGCCCGUGCUCUGAUUCGGGAUCCCAAGAUUCUUCUCCUUGAUGAGGCGACGUCUGCGCUCGACUCCGAAUCGGAGCACGUAGUGCAGGCGGCGCUGGACAAGGCCGCCAAGGGCCGCACCACGAUUGCCGUGGCCCAUCGGCUGAGCACGAUCCAGAAGGCGGACAUCAUCUACGUCUUUGACCAGGGCCGGAUUGUCGAGGCCGGCACGCACUCGGAGUUGAUGAAGAAGAACGGCCGCUACGCGGAGCUGGUCAAUCUGCAGAGCUUGGCUAAGACCGGGUAG